AUGGAGAGUGACGCCGGUAUGAUACUGGUGAUGGGGGAGACAGGAGUCGGCAAAAGCACUUUCAUCAAUGCUCUCAAGCCCGAUUCCGUCGAGAUUGGUCACAGGCUCAAGUCUGUGCAAAGCGGUCCUCAAGCCGUUCAGGUCUAUUUGGAUGAGGAGGAUCAAAAUUCUGUCACCGUUGUUGACACCCCUGGGUUUAAUGACAGCCACCGCCCUGAUUCUGAAGUCCUUGCUGAGGUCACCGAAUAUCUCGCUGCGCAGUAUGCGGCAAAUAUUCCACUCAGAGGGGUGAUCUACCUGCAUAGAAUCCAAGAUAACAGAAUGAAAGGGUCUGCGAGGAAGUAUUUGGAGGUCUUCCGGUCGCUCUGUGGUGACGAGGCUCUCUCUAAUGUAAUGCUUGUGACAACUUUCUGGAACAAGGUACGUGAUGACGAGCUCGGGGACUACUUGCGGAGGGAGCAGGAAUUGAUCGACGACUAUUGGGAACCAUUGCAGAGGAAAGGGUCGGUGAUUGCGCAAUUCGACGGCUCCAAGGAAGCAGCUGAGUCAUUGAUAUUGCAGCUUGCUCAGCACCGGCGUCCGGUGAUUCUUGACAUCCAACGCGAGCUGGUGGAUGACGACAAGAUAAUCAGCGAGACGAAAGCCGGGCUGGGCAUUAGCGAGCGACUUGAUGCAGACAUCAGGGAAUACCAAGAACAUCUGGAAAAGAUCGUGGUGAAGUUGGCCGCAGCUGGAGAUGAAAAUGACGCAGUAAGAAUCAAGCAACUGGAGACGGAGAAAAAGGAUGUGGAAGGUCUCAUCAAAGACCUUGAGAAGUCUAGGAAACGUAUGGGUUCCAGAGUUGGAAUGGAGAUGAAAUACCGCCUUGACCGGGAGAAACGCAAGGAGAUAUUGGUAACUAGCGUAUCCGUAUUUGCUUCCGUCCUCAGUAUCACUUUGACCAUCGUCAAAUUUGUAGUAUUUGGUGACUCAUCUACUGCCAUAAGUACCAGGGCUAUGGAUGGUCAGACGAAGCUGGUGUCAAGACGCCGGCAUAGUGCCGUCGAGGGCCCACGCCCUGACAUCGUAGACUCAAAACAUUCAAAACACUCUUUCAGGAUGAGAAAUCUCAUCAAGCCUUUGAGAGGCUUGAAUAAAACGAAUGGCGGCGACAAAACUCACAGCAGUGAGAACUCGGUAUCGGAUGCUGUGGUGAACCCUGAAGACCUAGAUCCGCUCCAGAUGACCCCAGAGGACGAUUUGAAUCCUCAAUCUGCCAGCGCUGCAGGAUCAGCAGCGGGAGAAGCGAAUAAGCUAUCCAUAUCAAGGGUUUUGACAGAUCCCGUGCUUGAUAGAAGAGAUUUCAACAACCAGUCAAAAGCAUACAGCCAUGACACACCAUAUCCAAAUAUUCGAUCGAAGGACCAAGCUAGACUUCAAGAUUUCACGAAUUGUCAGGUGAUGCCUAUUGUUUCGGCUCGUACUGAUUCAAGCUACGCCGUCAAGGCAGUGGCCGAGAUCCUGACUGGACCCGAUAUACUUGGGCCGAUGGGCAUAGACGGACAAGAUCUCGGAUCCAACCCGAGAAAAGGCUCUAUCAUAGUCACAGAGGAGUUGUUUUCAAAGGGCUACCUACCCGGUCAACAUUACCACCAGUCUAAUACUGGGUCUACGACUAUUCAUCAAACUUCGAUAAUCUCGGCUAACAGCAGGGAACAUGACACGACUAUUACCAUCGCUGAGGACGUGCGUGGCACGUUCAGUGACCGGGAAUCCAACUUUCGCAACCAAGGAAAAGCCUUGAAAAUUUUUGAGAAGACAGUAGUUGACCGCCUUGGGGAGGAGAUUGAGGACCUGAAAUUUCAAAACCAGGAGAGUAAAUCUACCAUCACAAGUAUGAAGCAAAUGGAAGCAUAUUAUGAGUCGCGGAUACUCGAGCUAGAAGAGGCGAACGGAUGGCUUCAACAUAAGGUCUCAGAGAGAGCUGUCCCUGCAGGAAGGCAGACAAUACCCGGUAUUGGUCUUCUGCCAGAUAGCGACAUCACCGGGAGAUGGCGACAGUUGUGCUGGACAAUGCGCCAACUCGUCAGCAGCAACAUAGUGGUACUCUCAUCGUACCCAGACCAGCAGGACAAUAGAUUCGCCAUUCUUAAGAAGAUCACGCCGACAUACACCGUCUUCUUGCGAUCUAAAAGCGACUUUGUAGACUUGGUCCAAGCAGUAAUCUGGGACCAUCUAGCAAACAAUGUGUUUGCGUCAAGAAAUUGCUCCAGCUGGGCGUGCUGGUCUGGGAAAUGUUUUGACCAACUCAAAGCUUUGACCGACAGUAUUUCUCACGGUCAUCGGCAGGACGGCCAUUUUCACCUCUGGAGAAGCCAAACCGCCACUCUUUUUUCAAUGUAUGCCGACCCUACCGAGGUCUCAGGAUACGCACAGGAACUUGUGGGGCAUAUCGAGAAAGACCUCAAGUACCUGCUCAACAAUUGGGAUACCGGUCUACGCAAGCAUAUGGCCAAUCUCGUUGGGGAAGCCAUCCAAUUUGACGCCGAUCUUUGCCAACAAAGAGCAUGGUGGUUCUGCGAGUACCCCGGGGUUACUGACAGACGCAAUCGCUACGACAUCCCCUUCCAGAGCGUCUCGAUGAAGGAGGCGAACAGCAAGUUCGAUGAGGCUGACGCUCACGCAACUCUCAUGAUCUCGCCUGCUCUUAUGAAGGCUGGGAACUCCACAGGGGACAACUACGACAAUGUGCAGGUGGUCGUCGAGAGUUCGGUACACCGAGGCAAGCCGCGGUUGCUAGCGAGUAAACCACCACCUGCGACUUCGCAAGCGCUGGUGGUAGCACGCCAACCCCCAGGGAACCCAGGGGCCUACCAGACCGCUCUUCGAGAUAAGAGGAAAGCUCAGAGAAAUGAGGGAGAUCAUAAGAGGCGCGACAAGAUCUUCAGGCGUAUAGGUAUUCAAUAG